AUGGCGAUCCCAACGGCGCCGAUGGCGAUCCCAACGGCGCCGACGGCGAGCCCAAUGGCGAGAAUUUCCCAAGACUCCAGAUUUAAAUAUUCUAGAAGGCCGCCGACGGCGCCCUCAAGGCCACCAGCGAGAUCGGCGUCUCUUGCCAAAGCUGAAGACCCCCUAGAAGCUGAAGCCCAAGCUGUUUAUUGUGUUGUUUUCUUGGGCAUAAAGUGCAGUUGGAAUCUCUUAAUGGUGGAAACUUACUCCAUGAUCUUACUUAACAUCCUUGAAGGAAGGAUUUCUGCCCCUUGGGAGGGUAAUAGCCCUGCCAAUUGGCUUGCUAAGGCUGGCCUCCAUACUCAGAACCCCAUCAUUGAUACUUUGUCUUAUCUUCAUCAUGAUUGCAUCCCUGGAAUCCUUCACAGGGAUGUCAAGUGCAAUAAUAUUCUAUUGGAUUCAAAGUUUGAGCCAUAUUUAGCAGAUUUUGGAUUGGCAAAGCUAAUGAAUUCAGCCAAUUUUCAACUUUCCAUGUCAAGAAUUGCAGCAUCAUAUGGCUACAUAGCACUAGAGUAUGGGUACACUACAAACAUUACAGAAAAGAGUGAGGUCUAUAGUUAUGGAGUAGUACUCUUAGAGAUCCUAAGCAGCCGCAGCGCCAUCGAACCCAUGGCUGCUGAUGGGCUUCACAUUGUUGAUUGGGUAAAGAAGAUGGGAAGCUUUGAGCCCACCAUCAAUAUCCUGGACUCGAAGCCUUGUGGUCUCCCAGAUCAGAUGGUUCAGGAGAUGCUUCAAACAUUGGGCAUUGCCAUGUUGUGUGUAAAUUCGAUGCCAUCAGAGCGGCCAACAAUGAACGAAGUGAUUGCCUUUCUGAAGGAGGUGAAGAGCCCACCAGAAGAGAUGGGGAAAACAUUUAUGCCGCCACUUAUAAAUACUGUUGGGAAAAGAGGGAGUGCGGAGAAGGUUGUAUUGCUUUGA